UACCGUAAGUCAUGCCUUGACGGUGGUGAUGAUCGACCGAGGCCCUUUAAACCCUGCAGCUUCUUCUAGCUUCUCUUUAGGGCCCUUUAGUCCAUGCAUGUGUUUUGUCUAGCUAGCUAAUUCAAUGAGAGAAAACAAGCUGCUUCAAUGUCUGCUCUUCUUGAGCAUGAUCUUUAUCUUUGUAUGCGUUGUUCCAGCUGUGAAGUCAUCAGCGUUUGAGCUAGAGGAGGAUGAGUACUCAUGGCUUAACGAUGAAGAUGAUCAGGCUAACAUGGUUCAGAGCCACCAAAGUUCAAGAAGCAAGUGUGAACUGUCUGCCGGAAAGUGGGUUUAUGAUCAAUCCUACCCUCUCUAUGACUCGAGCUGUCCAUAUCUUAGCACUGCCGUCACUUGUCAGAAAAAUGGAAGGCCUGAUUCCGACUACGAAAAGUGGCGCUGGAAGCCAAACCGCUGCUCCAUUCCUAGGUUUGAUGCAUUGAAAUUUCUUGGUAAAAUGAGAAAAAAAAGAAUAAUGCUAGUGGGUGAUUCUAUAAUGAGGAAUCAGUGGGAGUCUCUUGUGUGCUUAGUACAAGGAGUUGUUCCAACAGGUCGAAAGAGAGUCACCUACAAUGGUCCUUCUAUGGCAUUCCAUGCAAUGGACUUUGGGACAUCAAUUGAGUUUUCUUGGGCUCCACUCCUAGUAGAAUUGAACAAGGGAGCUGCAAACAAGAGGAUUUUGCAUUUGGAUUUGAUAGAGAAGAAUGCAAAGUAUUGGAGAGGAGUUGAUGUUCUUGUUUUUGAUUCAGCUCACUGGUGGACUCACUCUGACAAAACAUCGUCGUGGGAUUACUACAUGGAAGGACAAUCACUGUUUACAAAUAUGAAUCCAAUGGUUGCAUACCAGAAAGGACUCACUACAUGGGCUAAAUGGGUUGAUUUAAACCUAGACCCUCGUAAGACCCGAGUAAUUUUCAGAAGCAUGUCACCUAGGCAUAACAGAGAAAAUGGUUGGAGAUGCUACAAUCAGAAGAAGCCUCUAGCUUAUUUCAGUCACCAACAUGUUCCUGAACCUCUGCUAGUACUGCAAGGGGUAUUGAGAAAGAUGAGAUUUCCAGUUUAUCUUCUGGACAUAACCACAAUCUCAGCGUUUAGAAGAGACGGCCACCCUUCUGUGUACAGACGGGCCAUGGGACAGGAAGAGAAGCAGCACCUGAGAGAGUAUUCGUCGGACUGCAGCCAUUGGUGUCUUCCUGGUGUGCCUGAUAUUUGGAAUGAGAUGUUGAGUACCUUGCUCUAAUCGAGUAUGAGAGACUUAAGAGAACUGUAUGAACACUAAUUAGGUAAAGUGGCUAGAAUAACUCUCUCUGCCAUAUUAAAGACCUCUUGCAUGUUAAUUAGACUCUACGGGAGUGUAAUGAUGAGUCAUGAUGCUGUGUGUUCAUGUGUCUUGGAACAAUAUGAUGUUAUGUUUGGUAGCAAAGUCUCACUGUACUCUUUUUAUCUCUCUUUUGCACUCCUUUUUUCAAAAGUCACUUGUUGAGAGAACAUGAUAUAUCAAGUGCAGUUUGAACAUUCUUUUAA